GAAAUUUCCAACCUCACUUCUUUCGAAACGUUGACAACUAAUUUAUUCAGAAAGUUUUUGUUGUUUUUCAAAAAUUGGUACAAAAAACAACUCCAAAAAUACAGAAGAAAUUUGGCUUUAAUUUUAAACACAAGUAUUAUCACUAAUUACUUUUUUAUUUCAUAAAUCAAGAUGGAAAUGCUAAAAUCACUUGAAGACCAUUCAAGAACUAUCAUCCACAUUGACAUUGACUGUUUUUAUGCUCAGGUUGAAAUGAUUAAGAACCCAAAGCUUCGACAAGUUCCUUUAGGUAUCCAACAAAAGAAUAUAAUAGUUACUACCAAUUACAUAGCUAGAAGUCAAGGAGUAAAUAAAUGUGUUUUAGUUAGUGAAGCCCUAAAACAAUGUCCGAAUAUGGUUUUGGUGAAUGGUGAAGACCUUCAUGAUUACAGACAAAAAUCUUAUGAAGUUACUGCAUUGUUACAAAAUUAUUCCAGGGUGGUAGAGAGACUAGGCCUUGAUGAGAAUUUUAUAGAUGUUACAGAGUUGGUGUCUGAAAGGAUUGAGAACGUUAUUGAUAUAAGUACAAUUGGAAAUAUAUUUGGUGAUGACAAUGAUUCAUGUGAUUGUGGUUGUACCAGAAGGCUUCAGAUAGGUACCACUAUAGCACAAGAGAUACGAGAUAAGAUUAAAUCUGAAUUACAGUUAACUACAAGUGCAGGGAUAGGUCACAAUAAACUAUUAGCUAAAAUUGUAGGGAGUGUCCACAAACCUGAUCAACAAACUGUUGUAUUUCCUCAAAACGGCGUAGAACUUAUGCUCAGCUUAUCUUCAGUGUCCAAAAUUACUGGUAUUGGUUAUACUCUCUCUGAACAACUUAAAACUGUAAAUAUAGUGACUGUUGAAGAUCUUCAAAAGACCAACUUUACUAUCUUGAGCGAUCUUCUAGGACCCGAAAAAGCCAAGUUAGUACAAACCCUUAGUUUCGGAAUAGAUGAAACUAUUGUUAAAUCUUCUGGGAAGCCACAAAGUAUAGGAAUUGAGGACAGUUGUAGAGCUUUAAGUGCUGAAAAGGAAGUUCGUGAAAAACUGGAACAUCUUUUAAAUAGACUAAUUAUUUUAUUGGUAGAGGACGGAAGGUUACCAAAAACAAUUAAGUUAACUAUAAGGAGAUUCGAUAGGGAAAAGAAAAGAAGUAGUACACGUGAAACAAAACAAUGUAAUAUAAGCCCUUCGUUAUUUAAUACUCUCGUAAGCUCUCAACUCCCGGACAAUAAUAUUAAAAAAAUAAUGACAGUAAUAAUGCAUUUGUUUAAUAAAUUAGUGGAUCCAAAGAAACCAUACCACCUAACUCUCUUGGGAUUAGCAUUUACGAAAUUCUUGGAAAAACCAGCUACUGGAAACAUACUUACGAACUUUAUUAAGAAAGAUAUAGAAGUACAAUCUGUUACAGACAUCCAUAAUAAUGUUACAAGUAGUACAUUAUGUAAAACAGUACCUGCAACUUUGAUUAUACCUCCUGAAUGUGAUAUAGAGCCUCCAUCAAAAAAAUAUAAACUAUCUCAUAGCCAUCUGGAUUCACCUACAGAUCUACCAGUAGCUGCCUUACAUUUGAGCUCAGAUGCUAUAAGCUUUGACAUUUCUAGUACGAAAAUACCAGAAAGUACUGACGACUCAGAAAGUAGUUCAUCAGCAGUUAACAAUAAUUUGGAUAUAAAAUGCCCGCCGAAUGUUGAUCAUUCUGUGUUUCAAGAAUUACCUUGUGAGUUACAAAACGAGCUUUGGGAAGAAUACAAAAGAGAUCAGCAAUCAGAAAAAAGAUUUCAGAAAAAUAAAAGGUUUAAAUCUAAUAAUAUAUUGAAUUAUUUUACUAAAAUGUGAUAAAGGCUAGAUAUAUAAAAAAAAAUUAAAAUACCUCUCUUUUUACAUAUAUACACUCAACGCUAAAAUGAAAUAUUCUUUUUACCUGUUUAUUCGCUUAAGAAACUAUUAUUUUUUGUUUAUAUUAUUUUAUUAAUUUUAUUCUUACUGUGGUGUACUAC